AUGGAGGAAAUAGUGAACUCGACACAGUACUGUCAAUUAAAGACGAUUCCUAUUCUGGAACCAGAUCCGCCAGAAAAGGGGUGGGCUCGCCAAUUGCGUAUUGAUCUUCGUAAGAUGUACGAACAAAGGAGACCAUCGAAUGCUAGCUCGUCAAAAUCAGCAGCUGCAAAUGGUAUAUUCACUCAGCAAGCACAAUCAGGGACGGCUUUGAAGCGGAAGUUGUCUGUGACUACCAUCAGCGAUGACGACUCGAAUGGCCCCACUUCUACAAAAAGGAGUAAGGCCUGUCAAGCGGAACCUUCAACAAACGGCUAUGUGGAGUUGAACCCAGACGAGUACGAUGAAGACGGUUUGCACUUCACCUAUAUCUCUCCAUUGUCGAGCUCAUCUCGUUCAUCUCCGAGUGUCAUAUGCUUGGACGACGAUGAUGAUUUAUGUGAUGAGGUAAUUAUGCGACCUUUAAAGCAAGAGAGUUCCGAUCCUUCGCUGAAUAUCUCCACCUCUUCGUUAGCUUCGUCAGUUUCAGCGCCCUCGCACCAGAAGAUAUCUCCAGCUCCUCUAUUGAAUGGUCGAGUGCCGCCUCCAUUCCCUGAAAACAGCUUAAUCGGAGUGCACUUCAAUGUUGUCGCUGGUUCUAUUGAAGGCAGGAUUCGCGAAUACAGGGGGAGGUACCCAAACGAAUUCAAGGUUCUCGAUGCAGAAAUAUGGAAACAUUACGAAUGCAAUAAACAGACUGAAGAAGUUUACAACUGGAAAAUGGAAGUGCGAAAUCGUUUACUGGCCGAGUUUAAGCCGCUAUUCCCCACUAAAUCCAUCGAGCUCAUUGCUGUGGGGUCAACAGUGAACGGCUGUGGAAGCUAUAAUUCGGACAUGGAUUUGUGUUUAUGUAUCCCAAUGGAUAUGGAACUCGUAUAUUCCACUGAACGAAUUGCAGCAAUAAAGACAUUGCGCCGAUUGAAUACCGUAAUCAGGGGGAAGCCUUCCUUACGUCAGGUUGUUCGGAAAAGUGAAGUUCCUAUCAUCAAAAUGGCGUUACAUCCACCGUAUCAGGAGCUUGAUCUAGACAUUAAUGUCAACAACACUGCUGGCAUUUACAAUUCUCAUUUGAUUCAUUACUAUUCUCUCUUAGACCAACGAUUUCCCGCUGUGUGUCUUUUGGUGAAACAUUGGGCGAUCACGAAUGGAAUAGGAGAUGCUGCAACCGGUUCAUUCAAUAGCUAUUCCCUGAUUCUACUUGUAUUGCAUUACUUCCAAUGUGGAGUGCAACCGGCAGUGUUACCGAACCUCCAGCAUCUCUAUCCCGAGAAAUUUGCAAGCACUCCGCCAUUAAAAGAGCUAGAGUUGUUUCGACCUCUCCAAUGUCCACAACGACCAAUGAAUAAACAGACAAUUGGAGAGUUAUUAGUUGGGUUUUUCUACUACUACGCUUCAUUCGAUUUUGAAAAUAUAGCGAUAUCUAUACGCGACGCACACGUUUUUCCCAGGCACACAAUGUCACCGGAUUCAUUCAUUUAUAGAGUUUUUAUUGAGGAACCUUUCGACCGAAAUAACACCGCAAGGUGCGUUACGAAGAGUUAUGUAAUGGAACGUAUUCAACGAGCUUUCCGCCAAGCAAGAGACGCAUUCUCAAAGCACCCACCUUCACUUCAAAGGAUAAAGGUUACCGUUUGA